UCUAGGCCAUGAGGCUAUGAUGGUUGUUAUGUAGACUCCCAUAUAGAACUCAUUUUUAGCUUUUUAUAGUAACUUUUCAAAAUUACUAUCACAGCUUGCAGUUUUUAUCUGAAAAUAGAGAAUCUAACUAAUGAUUAUUCAUAACUUUUGAUGUAUCUUUUCAAUAAUAAUCAGUGGAUCAUAAUACAGGACUAUUUUGUGGGGGACGGAGGAAGAGGUAAGCUCUGUGCUGGAAGCCUGGCUCUGCGGAACAUUUUACAUACGUCGUUUCGUCUAUUCCUGAUAACCCUAUGAUGGAGCUCUUAUUAGUCCCUUUUUACAGAGGAAGGAAAUAUGGUUUAGAGAAGUUGCAUAACUAACCCCCGAUUACAUUGUCUGUGUAUGCCUUUGAGCUAAGGUUCAACCAGAUCAGUCCGACCUUAAAGCCCUCCCUCUUUCCUUAAUGGACAUGAAUUCUACUUCUGACUUGUUACAAAUACAAUGUGCAUUACAUGUUUAAUGUAGAAAUAAAAGACACUGACAAAAAGCCUUUAAAAAUUAUUUGCUAAAUAAUAAUUUGAAUAAUUUGCAUUUCUGUACAGCACGACAGUCUUUUAAGUCCCUAAUUUGCAAGAUAUCUUAGUCAUCUUGUCUCUCUAAGUUUCCCAAGUCCUCUUUUGCUAAAACCAAGUAUAGGACAGAAAUAAAAAUAACUUAUAAAGGUGUACUCCUGGACGUUUAGGAAUCAAGAAUAAAGACCAUCCAAAGACCUUCAGUUUUGAGCUUUGAAGUUCAAAAGUGGACAGGUGGAAAUAUUGUGUUCUUCAUUGCCCUUUGGUGCAAGAUAUAUUCUAGGUUGCAGAGUAAGUGCCAACAGCAGCAAAAUUAUCGCCCCCCUCCUGCUACCGUAGUAAGUCAGCAAUGGCCCUUCUGUGGUCAGAAUGGCAAAUUCAGCAGCAACUAUUCGACAGGGAUUUACAGAAACUUCCCCAAGGCUGUUAGGAAUCUUAUUCAGCAGUGUCUUUGAAAACCCGAUUCUGUGCAGAAUUAACUAUGUAGAAAUGACCUCAAUUGUGAUAAAAGGUAUUUUAAACAAAUCUAAUUUGUGAUUUCACUCAAUGUGUAUUUUGCAUUUGUCGCCACAAAGUCCGGUAGAUACCUACACAUAUAUUCUGCAUUUGUAAAAGUUUUAUGGUGGUUCAGAAUUUCUUUUUUUCAUAUUAACAUUUAAAAUAAUCCUGGCUUUAUAGAGUCAGUUCACCAUACAAAGCCACUAUACAUCACUUAGGUUUGUGAUGAAAGAAUGGAAUUGCAGCUGUGUGAGUACUAGAAUACCCAAACAUGAAUUAGACUCACAAGCAUUUGGCAAUAGUUCAGAAAAGGAGCUUAAUCUGGUUUCAUCUGAGACUGCUUUUCUCUGUUCUGCAACAUCCCCCCAAGAUGUUGUGUCUGAUAUCGGAUCACAACGUAAUGGGAGUGACGCAAAAUCAGAGAAAGCCCUGAGGAACCAGGGGCACAUUUGCUUUUCUCCAGAGAUUUUCUUUCUCCUACUUCUUUUUUCCCUCUCCCAGGUUCCAACUCUGAAAUUCAAGGUCAUUCACCUAUUAGAUGCAUUAAUUAUAAGCCAGAAAAGCACUAUUCAUCGUACUCUGAUCUCAGUCAUAUCUAUAAUUAAGUAUAAAUAUAAUCUUCCUUUUUAGAAAUGUACCACCCACCCAUUACAUUUAAAGUGCUGACUGAAAUGAAAUAAUAGUUCAGAGCAAGAUGAUUUUAGUUUAACUAGAAAAAAGUUGAUAAUUUAAGCUUCAAGCAGUGAGUUCUAUUUUUGAUUACCAUUCAGUUAUAAAUCUAAUUUGAGAUAUAUGCUGCUUUUCUGUUACUCAAGUUUAAUUCAUGGUUUGCUUUCUUGGUUGCAUAAGCAAAGUUCAGUGGCUGAUCAAGGCGGUUAAGAAGCUCCCCCGAAAAGGAAUAGGGUUGAGAAUGUGUUCGAAAGACAUUCUGAGACCCAUAUCUGAUUUAAAGCAGACAAAUCUGAUGUAAAACAAACAAAAAAAUUUAAUUGAAAAAGACACUCACAGGGCGCUGUAUUUGGGGAUUUGAAUGGCCAAGUUAGGAAUGGCUAUUUGCAGGGGAAUUGGCUGCAGAGGGUGAACCCCAAAACAUUCCAACCUGGUUGACAAAGUCAGUGUGUUUUAUUCUUUAGUUACGGUAUUUUGAGUCUUGAAAUUGUUUGCAUUUGGGAAAAAAAAUAGGAGCGAGUAAGGGGAAGGGCUUGUCUCAUCACACUGUGGACAGUUAAGCAAAAUGCUAAACUAUGGGUUUAAGAUUUACAGGUUCGCCCUGCCAGAUGCCACAUCUUGCCUCCAGUGUUUCCUGGCAGAUUCGGGCAGCCUACUACUGGGACCCAGCAUAACCGCAGAACAUGAGCUUGCACAAUGUGAAAAACCUAAAACCAUUAUAAUCCUAUUUAAGGCAAGGAUGCAUUUGUCCAUUCUGAAAGUAGACUUCUUUUUCAAGCUUAACUUUUCUUAAGCAGAAAUUUGUCUUCAGAGCUGAAGAUAGAUAUGCAGGUAAAUUUGUAAUAUAAACAAAUACCUUAUCCAUUUUGUGCAGAAUUUAAUUUACUUCAAAUCAAAUGCCAAUCACUUUUUAAAAUUUAGAAACUCUGGGUUUGUCAGGCAGUGGAAAAUUUAUCUUUCUCAUUGCUACAGAGAGUUAAGUAUGUGACGUAAAGGCCAAACAAUAGUAAAUGGUCAUUGUUCACUUUAUAAGUAUACUCUACAAUAAGAAUACAUAUAUUUUUAUCUUCAUUUUCCCUAAGGAGGUGUUUAGGGCCCCCUUAAGUGUGAGGAAAUGUUUAUUUUUGUUGCUUUAGAAGAAUGAUUCUAUUGUCCAAGUGAGAAAGAAAUAGGAACAAACAGGUCUAAGGAGAAAGAAACAGGAAUGUGCUUUGUGAAAAAAUAAAGAUUAGCAGGAACCACUAAAGGUUUCUAAGUGCUAUCUGGUCUUAGUACUGUGUUACUAUAUGUAGUCCUUGUGCCUGCAUGUAUAAGAGUUGGAUGCGUGAUUUAUUAUGACUGGCCCAUGAAAUUAUUUUCUUUUAAAUUAACAACAAUAAGGUCAACCACAGCCAGUAGCUGUUUUGUAGUUAUCAUUUUAUAUUUUUUCACAGCUCUAUUGUGAAUGCUGCUAAAAUACAGCAUAGCAAGUGUGUUUGUUUUUAGGUUGACCCCUUGAAUGCAUUUAAUUUCUUGAGAAUGAAAACCUUUGCCACCAGGACCAAGAGGAAUUAACCAGUGGUUAAACUCAUUUAAAAACACAAGAAAACAUUUCAACAUAUUUGCUCGGCCCUUUUCUGAAUAUUUUAUGUAUUUCUAGAAAAAGAAAAAUGAAGAAAUAGGGGUGAUGUGUGUCUAAAAUACGAAAUUAUUUUCAAACUCCUCUUUCCAAUGAAAUUAAGACUCAUUCGUAGAUUUACCAAACUGUAAGGAAGUUGUGAUUUCAAAUUAUUCACAGCUUUAUUGAUGGAAAUUUCAAAGAAAACUUGGACACGGACUUCAAUUAAACUUACUUUGUUAAUAAGAAAUGCCAAGAGUGAAAUUCAGAUUGAGAUUCUAAAAUUUUUGAAUGCCAUUCCUAAAUGAUAAAUUAUUUAUUCCUAGAUUUCUGAUUUAUACAAAACUUUACUGUAAUAAGCCUUCUAUUUUAGUUUGUCAUUGUGUAGCGUUUUAAUAUGUCUCUUAAAUUCAAAAGAGGCAAUAGUUGCACAUGCAGAUGUCAGAUUUUUGUCUGAUACAUCUGGUUUUAUCAGCUAUUUAUGUGGUAAAUAUUAAGAUAUUAGAAACGAGUUUGUUACCCAAAAUGUGAUUUCAACCUGGAAUCUCAUCCUUGAAGUUGUAUUUUGAAGUAAUGUUUAUUACAUAUCUCUUGAAAAAGUCUUAAACUGGAAUCAGUAAAGGCGAGCUUGUCAGUAGCUGAUUAGUCCUUUAUAUAUGACUCAUCCAACACUCAGAAAAAAACCCUUGGAAUAGAGAGGCUCUCUUUAUGAUAUUUAGCUAUAUGGCGGUGGAAAGGGGAGGUUUGAAUUUUUGAUUUUACAGCUUAUGGGUCAUAUUUGACCAACUGCUUUCACUAGAAGACAUGCCACUUUGUUGAGCUAUUUAGGAAUCAAAAAGACUGUCUUAAUUUAAAACAAGGACCCUUUGUUUUAGUUGGUGACUGCCUUGUGAAAUUUUUCAGUUCUCAGCGGGUUAACCAGGGAACAGGGGCAGAGUCAUAAUUGGCCUAUUUAGAGUAUUUUGCAUGUGAAUAGUGUGUUAGUGAAGCAUCCCUAAGUCUGUUGUGAGUGACAUGGUGAUUAGAAUUUAGAUUAGGGAAAACACAUUCUGUACUUUAUCAAGGACAGUAAUUAGUUCAGUCAGUAAAAGUUGAUUACAAGUAACGAUAAAGUUAGAUUUUUAGUACUUAAUUUUAAAAUUUCUUUAUUAAACAGUAAAUUUGUUCUUAAUAUAAAUGCUACUAUCUACUCUUGUUUUAUUGCAUAUCAGAAUAAUUAAAAGAACAAUGUGUUCAAUGCAGAGUAUAAUCAGGCGAUUUAUAUAUUAUGGCAGAGUCUCCUUGGAGGUGACAUGGAUAUGGGCAACCCAGGAACCCUUUCGCCCACCAAACCUGGUUCCCAGUACUAUCAGUAUUCUAGCAAUAAUCCCCGAAGGAGGCCUCUUCACAGUAGUGCCAUGGAGGUACAGACAAAGAAAGUUAGAAAAGUUCCUCCAGGUUUGCCAUCUUCAGUCUAUGCUCCAUCAGCAAGCACUGCCGACUACAAUAGGGACUCACCAGGCUAUCCUUCCUCCAAACCAACAACCAGCACUUUCCCUAGCUCCUUCUUCAUGCAAGAUGGCCAUCACAACAGUGACCCUUGGAGCUCCUCCAGUGGGAUGAAUCAGCCUGGCUAUGCAGGAAUGUUGGGCAACUCUUCUCAUAUUCCACAGUCCAACAGCUACUGUAGCCUGCAUCCACACGAACGUUUGAGCUAUCCAUCACACUCCUCAGCAGACAUCAAUUCCAGUCUUCCUCCGAUGUCCACUUUCCAUCGUAGUGGCACAAACCAUUACAGCACCUCUUCCUGUACGCCUCCUGCCAACGGGACAGACAGUAUCAUGGCAAAUAGAGGAAGUGGGGCAGCCGGCAGCUCCCAGACUGGAGAUGCUCUGGGGAAAGCACUUGCUUCGAUCUAUUCUCCAGAUCACACUAACAACAGCUUUUCAUCCAAUCCUUCAACUCCUGUUGGCUCUCCUCCUUCUCUCUCAGCAGGCACAGCUGUUUGGUCUAGAAAUGGAGGACAGGCCUCAUCGUCUCCUAAUUAUGAAGGACCCUUACACUCUUUGCAAAGCCGAAUUGAAGAUCGUUUAGAAAGACUGGAUGAUGCUAUUCAUGUUCUUCGGAACCAUGCAGUGGGCCCAUCCACAGCUAUGCCUGGUGGUCAUGGGGACAUGCAUGGAAUCAUCGGACCUUCUCAUAAUGGAGCCAUGGGUGGUCUGGGCUCAGGGUAUGGAACUGGCCUUCUUUCAGCCAACAGACAUUCACUCAUGGUGGGGACCCAUCGUGAAGAUGGCGUGGCCCUGAGAGGCAGCCAUUCUCUUCUGCCAAACCAGGUUCCGGUCCCACAGCUUCCUGUCCAGUCUGCAACUUCCCCUGACCUGAACCCACCCCAGGACCCUUACAGAGGCAUGCCACCAGGACUACAGGGGCAGAGUGUCUCCUCUGGCAGCUCUGAGAUCAAAUCCGACGACGAGGGCGAUGAGAACCUACAAGACACGAAAUCUUCGGAGGACAAGAAAUUAGAUGACGACAAGAAGGAUAUCAAAUCAAUUACUAGGUCAAGAUCUAGCAAUAAUGACGAUGAGGACCUGACGCCGGAGCAGAAGGCGGAGCGUGAGAAGGAGCGGAGGAUGGCCAACAACGCCCGAGAGCGCCUGCGUGUCCGCGACAUCAACGAGGCUUUCAAAGAGCUUGGCCGCAUGGUGCAGCUCCACCUCAAGAGUGACAAGCCCCAGACCAAGCUCCUGAUCCUCCACCAGGCGGUGGCCGUCAUCCUCAGUCUGGAGCAGCAAGUCCGAGAAAGGAAUCUGAAUCCGAAAGCCGCCUGCCUGAAAAGAAGGGAGGAAGAGAAGGUGUCCUCGGAGCCUCCCCCACUCUCCUUGGCCGGCCCGCACCCUGGAAUGGGAGAUGCAUCAAAUCACAUGGGACAGAUGUAAAAGGGUCCAAGUUGCCACAUUGCUUCAUUAAAACAAGAGACCACUUCCUUAACAGCUGUAUUAUCUUAAACCCACAUAAACACUUCUCCUUAACCCCCUUUUUUGUAAUAUAAGACAAGUCUGAGUAGUUAUGAAUCGCAGACGCAAGAGGUUUCAGCAUUCCCAAUUAUCAAAAAACAGAAAAACAAAAAAAAGAAAGAAAAAAGUGCAACUUGAGGGACGACUUUCUUUAACAUAUCAUUCAGAAUGUGCAAAGCAGUAUGUACAGGCUGAGACACAGCCCAGAGACUGAACGGCAAUCUUUCCACACUGUGGAACAAUGCAUUUGUGCCUAAACUUCUUUUGGAAAAAAAAAAUAUAAUUAAUUUGUAAGUCUGAAAAAAAAUAUUUAAUUUAAAAAAAAUUGUAAACUUGCAAUAAUGAAAAAGUGUACUUCUGAAGAAAACUACAUGAACGUUUUUGUUGGUAUUCAAGUCAGCUAGUGUUUAUAAUUACUGGAUAUUGAAUUAGGGGAAGCUCGGCUGCCCUAGUAACAAAACCAGCAAACGUCCUGAUGACAACGAAGUGAUGACAUUAGCCAUUCCUUAGGGUAGGAGGAACAGAUGGAUCUUAUAGACCUAUGACAAAUAUAUAUAUAAAUAUAUAUAUAAAUAUAUAUUAAAAAUUUAGUGACUAUGGUAAGCUUUUGUUCAUUUGUUUCAGACUUUUUUCUCCUGUAAAAAAAUAGUACUGAUUAACUUUUUUAAAAGAAAGAUUUUACUGUAAAUAUGGAUUUUUUUUUUUUUGGUCUUAUUUCUGUCCCUUUCCCUGGUUUGUUAUCAUAACCUGUAGUGCCAACUCUGCUUCCAGAGGGGUAGUGCAGGAUGAAAUGCUGACCCUGAUGUUGCUUCUCAUUCAUAAAUAAGUAGAAAGUUGUUUCUCCAGUCUUUUGGGAACACAAGACUUAAAAGUCACAUCAUGUGUAGAUAUUACAAGCAGCAUUACCAAGAUACGGCAAAAAGAGUUUGUCUGAAUUGUAAUGUUGCAUUUGUGACCCUAUUCUGGGAUUUUCAGAGGUACAAGGUUAGAAUGCUACAAUGUUACCACUGUGCCUUCCAAUGUUUAUAUCAUCGGAAACAUAACAUAAUCAAAGUGGCUGUGAUUUAACAAAAUGAUUAAAGUGUUACCUACCUGUGUAGCCGAAGUAGUGUGCAGUGAGGCGUUUCUGAAUACAUGGUCAGAUUUUUGGAAAAAAACAAAAACAAAAAAAACAAAGUUCAAAAUCCGUCAAAUGAGAAAAUUGCAAGUAGUGUGACAGAGCUGAUUGAUUUUGUUGCUUUCUUGAUUUUUUUUUUUUCAAAAUGGGUUUACUAAAAUGUAGAUGGCUUAACUGCCUCCUCCUUCGUCUGAAAAAUGCCAAUAUUCAAUCAUCAUGCAGCAUUAUAACAAGCCUUAUGAGUCCUAAAGCAUUAAGUUGCACUUUUUUGAGGAGGGGUAGUGCAGUAUUUCUCUGGCCAGUAUGAAUGAAGUUUAUACUUACCAUAUUUGAUAGAAACAUAGAUCAAGCUAUGGCACAGCGACUCAUCAGAUAGCUAGCUUUGACGUCUGGGCACAAUUGAACCAACUUCCAUCGUGAAUCUUUAUAAUGAUUGACUUUGGUGUAUAGUGCAGUAAACAAAUAGUGCUCCUAGUUAAGUAUUUGUCAGCAUCCUUUUGUCUCUAACUCGUUUCUAUUUUUACAGCCACACAAUCUUGGCAUGUAUUAAGAAAAAAAAAAUCCCUGUUCAAGUAGUUUUUCCACCUAUCAGCACUGAGUAAAUGCCAUAAAUCCAUUGAAAUGGUCUAAAUGUUCCAUCUGUUCUCCUGUUUUGCCAGUUAUAUAGUAAUGAAAUACAUUUGUAAAUUUUAUGCAACAAAUGGCAAACGUAUCAUUAUUUUGAAAUUGUGUAUGUAAAAGUUAUAUUUUUACAUGUAGACUCUUGUUAUUAUGUGUUUUAAUACAUUGUAUCAGUUUUUGUUUCUUUUUUUAAGCUGUGUGGUUUAAAAAGAAGUCUCAUUUAAAUGAAAUAGUGAGCUACAAGAAUCAGAAUUUUAUGUUCAUUUCUGAAAAUGUAAGAACAAAUAAGAUAGUUACCACGUGGUCAUCUUUUACAAACCCAUAAACAUUUUGAUUAGCUGUGUGUGUGUUGAAAAACUGUAAAUAUGUUCAGUAGCGAUAAAACUAAAAUAACUUUGAUUUGUUGAUAAGUUCCUAAAAUGUGGAGGUGGAUUAAAACCUUAGGAGAAUAGCAGAAAUCAAACUUCAUGAAAAGUUAUUUUGGGGCUUUCCUGUGACAUGUAUGAACAAAGAGGCUCAGAGAAGGGCAUGGAAGACAAUAAUGUAUACUCUCCUCUCCUCCCUGAAUAAUGAAAACCAUGUGUACUUGUUCCCUCCGUAUGUUAAAGAUUCCCUUUUAGUGGUACAUUCUGCACUCAUUUUGUAUAGUCUACCAAGGCGGGUAUCCCUAGGAACAAAUAUUAUAUAGGAAGCAGGUAUACUCUAAUCACAUUCAGGAUAAGUGUACAGAAGAAAAUACGGUGUUUACUCUUUAGGGAACUGGAAACACUCCCUGCAUUGAUGUACAUUUUAAGAAUGGCACUUUUGAUACAUGUUAUCAUAAAGGUGCUUAAUAGAGCUGAAUUAAAGUUUUUCAAAUCUGUAAACAAAGCAAAAAAGUUAAUUGUAGUCAUUUGGUUAUUUUUUAAAUUGGUGCUUUAUAUUUUGUUCUCACUCAGAGUAAAAGCUGCAAUUUAUUGUUCACCAGCUUUGAUGUAUUCAUUACUCAGUAAUGCAAUACCUCUAUUGUUGAAUUCCCUUUAGAAAUAAGUAAAAAUUCUAACGGCCACCGAAAGCUGCUCGCUAGGUUUUGCUUGGUGGAGAAACGUAGUCUGCACCUAUUCAUAUUAAUUGGAUUGUAUCCCCAUUAAAAAAGAAAAAAGGGAAUGUGGCCUUUUUAGUGUGUUUUUUAUUGUUGUUGUUUUGUAAUUAUCAAACCCAGGUAAGAUAUUGGUAUCCUGCACUGGAUUUUCAAAUGAAAUUCAGCGGAAGACAGUUAAGAUUCAAGUACUAUACAAAAAUUUCAUAAGGGUCCAUACUACACUAUCUAUAUGAUGACACUUAGGCGGGGAUCUCUUUCAGAAACUCGGACUUAAAAGCAACUUGGAACAGUUGAUCCACCUCCACAUUCAAGUAAUUUAUGAAUAUGCAGAAUAGGGAUCUGUUCAUCUAGAAAUUUUUACCAUUUGUCUUCUGUGUAGCUGCAAGGAACACUAAUGUUUAUACAACUGUCAGUCCACCCAGUGGUGCAACUGGUUCUGAUUCAGUCUUCCGAUUCCUUUUUUGUUUUUCACUUUUUCCUAUUUCUGAAUUUUUUUUUUAUUUGUGAUCUUGAUUUUGAUGAGGGGUUGGGGAGUGGGGAGGGAGUCGAACCAAGACUUGGAGUUAAGAGGAUUUUCAUCUUUUGCAUCCAACAGGCAGAAUAUGAUCUGUGUCCAAAAGUGAACUUGAGUCAGGAAUGAAACAAUUUCAGCAUAAACAAGCACAAAAAUUUAGUCUGCUGGCUGACUGGAAGCAAAAAAAGUCAAGAUGGAAUAUGAUGAAUUCCAACACAAUGGGGCACCAAGGCCUUUAGGCCUCUCUUUUUAUUUUGCUUUGGUUUUGUUUGUUUUUCUUUAGAGACAUGCUCUUUCUCAUGGGACUUGAAGUGGACUCAUCUUUGUGCAGUGCUGGUUUUGCCAUACUCAUUUCAAGUAUUAUAGACAUAUGUAAUGGUGAAAAUAUAUGAACUGUGGCCUUUUUCAUUCUUGUUACUUGUGAUGCAAUUAAGUGAAGAUAAGAAAAAAAAAAAAAAAAAAAAGCAGAGAUUUACCAUGUAUCAGUGCCUGGCUUUUUGUUAUAAAGCUUUGUUUGUCUAGUGCUCUUUUGCUAUAAAAUAGACUGUAGUACACCCUAGUAGGAAAAAAAAAAAACUAAAUUUAAAAAUAAAAAAUAUAUUUGGCUUAUUUUUCGCAGGAGCAAUCCUUUUAUAUCAUGAAUAUUACAAAAAAAAUUGUCAGAUUCUGAAUAUUUCUUCUUUGUAGAUUUUUGGAAUCAUUAUGAGUAAAAGUUUGUUACUUUAUUUUACUAUUUAAAAGAUGUUAUUUUACCAUGUGUUACCAAGACGAAACUGUAUGGGUAGCUUUUUUGUUUGUUUUUUGUUUUGUUUUUGUUUUUGUUUUUUUAGUUGUAGGUCGCAGCGGGGAAAUUUUUUGCGACUGUACACAUAGCUGCAGCAUUAAAAACUUAAAAAAAUUGUUAAAAAAAAAGAAAAAAAGGGAAAACAUUUAAAAAAAAAAGAUAAACAGUUACACCUUGUUUUCAAUGUGUGGCUGAGUGCCUCGAUUUUUUCAUGUUUUUGGUGUAUUUCUGAUUUGUAGAAGUGUCCAAACAGGUUGUGUGCUGGAGUUCCUUCAAGACAAAAACAAACCCAGCUUGGUCAAGGCCAUUACCUGUUUCCCAUCUGUAGUUAUUCGAUGAAGUCAUGUACAUGACCGUUCUGUAGCAAUAAAUGUGCCAUUUUUAUAAACUGUUUCUGACACUUGUUUCAUUUCAUUUUGCAUUGUCCAUAUAGCUAUGAUUCUCUUCUGUAAGUAAAUUGCAUCUAUAUUUCAUUUUCCAAGUGUUGGAGGUAUUGACAGCUUAACAAACAAAACAU